AUGGCUAGCCCAAUGUUUUUGAAGUAUUCAUGGCUCGAUUUUCUUUUCUCGGUAGUCGGUGUGUGUACCUUCUUGUUUGACGUGGGAUCCGAUAUUUGGGUCGCUACGGAGUUCUACUCGCGUGGGGAUUUCUUCUGGUUCGGAGUUUUGAUCGGCCUUAUGGUCCUGUCUUCGGUCGUGGUCCAGAUGUUUAGCUGGUUCUGGUUCAAAUACGACCGCGAGCUUGAGGGAUUCGAUGAGCAAACUGCCAAUCAUGUUGUAGUGUAUUAGGAUUAUGUCUUUGUUAAUGUUUUUAAGUGGAACCUGAAAGGAUGUUUAUUUAGCAGAAAGAGAGCCGGUUUUAUUGUGACACCCCGGAUAGGAGUCUGUGUGUUGUAGACAGGGGAUUGGACAGUAGAGGGAGCCACCCAUAUCUUGGGAAGAUUAUAUAUACUGGGUAAAAACGACGAAGAAGUUAGAGCGGCCAUUGCAAUCUGGGACGCCGUUCUCCGGGUGUCAUGACACCUGUAACCUCAUGCUGAAAUCUUGUGAUAUGAAUAAAACUUAUGAUCAAAGGUUCAGUAUGAGCGGACUCCUUUGUUUAUCAGCAAUAGUUGCCAGCAUUGACCCGAUACUACAAUGUCCUCUUUGGAGGCUGUGUCAAACUUUCAUUCCUGCUACAUGUACUUCAGCUCGGAUUCUUUUGCAGGUACUGUAGCUAGAUUUUUAUUUUGACACUUGGAUUGCAUGCACUUGAUUCUCAUGUGGACCAUCUUUGUUAACUACACCUGGUUUAUCACAAUGUACUAGACAAAGUAGUCUAAAAACACAAUCUACAUUGAUUGGGAAAUACAUUGUCAUUGAUUUAUUCUAUGGCUACAGUGUAGUUCAUAAUUCUUUAUUAUAAUUUGGUCAUAUUAUAAUAAUAGCUAUAAUUUCCUCUGAAGUUUUUAUGUAGCCUAUGAAAUUGAUUUCCUAAGCCAUCUAUCCAAAAAAAGAGAAAUACAUGUCAGGGAGUUCACAAUAAGACAUGAUGUGCUGCAUGCUAUUUGUGAAAUGUAUAAUUUCCUCUUAGUCUUGUUAAUACUGAGGCUCACGGAGCAGCUCGUGGACAGCUAAUAACAAUAGACUUAGGUAACUUGAUGGGUUCUACAUAACUGACAGUUGUGUCAGCAAGAAAAGCCAGUCAUUGGACUGCACAUAUAAUGUAAUAAGUGCAUAAUAACACACAUGAUAGUUCAUUGGGAAUUCAAACUAUUUGGGCGAAGGACAAGAAUGAUCCUUACAGCUCAUGAUGCUCAUAUUUGUAUAAUUUUCUCUUUGUGGUGUGAACACUGAGGCUCACGGAGCAGCUCAUGCGCAGCUAAUAACAUUUGACUUGUGUGGAAACCAUCAAGUUACCACUCGGGGUGUGUCAGGUAUGUAAACAUAGCCAGUAGGCUCUGUCUUGACAUGCUCACUCCCCACCUACACAGAUAAGUGGAUUUUUAUUUAUUUUUAUGGCGUAAAUAGACCUAUGUCUGCAUCCGGUUCUCUGACAAUGAUCGGUGUCUUCUGGUUUAUUGCCGCUUAGUAACACAAGAUGGGAAUUCAAACUAUUUCGGUGGUACAAGGACCAUUCAGCUCAUGAUACCUCCCGAGUGGCGCAGUUGUCGUGCCACUAGAGAUCCUGGUUCGAAUCCAGGCUCUGUCGUAGCCGGCCGCGACCGGGAGACCCAUGGGGCGGCGCACAAUUGGCCCAGCGUCGUCCAGGGUAGGGGAGGGAAUGGCCGGUAGGGAUGUAGCUCAGUUGGUAGAGCAUGGCGUUUGCAACGCCAGGGUUGUGGGUUCGUUUCCCAUGGGGGGUAUAAAAAAAUAACGUAUGCACUCACUAACUGUAAGUGGCUCUGGAUAAGAGCGUCUGCUAAAUGACUAAAAUGUAAAUGUAAUGAUAGUGCUCUGUUCCGCCAGCUUUACUCCCGACCUACACAGAUGAUAAGUUAGCUAAGUGGAAUUUUUUUUGAAUGAUGUCCAUGUGUGCAUGUUCUAUUGUCCUUGGCAGGUGUUUCCUGUUUAAUGCUGCUCCGACUAACAGACAGUGUUUGUCCACAGAAACAUCUCAGCCAUAUGGCAGGGCUUCCGUGUGUUGUGGCGGUGGAAGCAGUGCUCGGGGUACGCCGUGUACCUGACCUACGACCUGAGAAUGCUGCGCCUCAUCGAUGACCUUCUGUGAGAGCGCACCGCAGCUCACCCUCAUGACCCACACCAUGCUGCACACCAACAAGGCUAGCACUGUGCAGUGUGAGUUGCUGUCACCUCGACACCUGGGGUUCGUUACAAAAAUGGCACCCUUUACUUUAAUUUAAAAAAAGGUGCCAUCUAGAACCUUAAAGGGUUCUUCGGCUGUCCUCAUAGGAGAACCUUUUGAAGAACCCUUUUUGGUUGCAGGUACAACCCUUUUGGUUCCAGGUAGAACCCUUUUGGGUAACAUGUAUAACCCUUUCUACAGACUUCAAAAAGCAUCGCCCAGCACUUCUAUGUGUUCAACGAUCUUUGGCCUAUCAACUUCCUCUUGUCAUCUCUUUUGUAGGUGUGAGUGUCAUGGCGUCAACUACUUCCAUACCCUGGAUGGUGGUGGAGUACCACCGCUCCCUGCGUUCCUUCCUCCCAGACAAGGCCAAGCAAGGCUGGAUGGUGGUGGACUACCACCGCUCCCUGCGUUCCUUCCUCCCAGACAAGGCCAAGCAAGGCUGGGGUUCCGCCUUGGUCUACUUCCUGUGGAACCUGCUUCUCAUCGCCCCGCGCGUGGCAUCAGUCGCCCUCUUCGCCACAGUCCUGCCCUCCUACGUGGCCGCCCACUUCCUGCUUAUCUGGCCAGUGCUGGUGUUCUGGGUGUGGAGGCAGGAGACGGACUUCAUGGACAGCGCCAGCGGAGAAUGGCUCUACCGGGCCACCGUAGGUCUCAUCUGGUACUUCAGCUGGUUCAACGUGGCGGAGGGAGGGACCAGAGGGAGGAGCAUCAUCUAUCACUCCUUCAUGGCCACGGACGGAGGGAUCCUGCUGGUCACAUGGUGGUUCUACAGAGACCCGGUCCUGACGCAGUCCUACGCCCCCAUCCUGCUGGCCACUCUGCCCCUCACCUACCUGAUGGGGGUCCUGUUUAAAACCCUCUACUACUGCUGUUUUCACCCCACGCUGUGGAGCCCCCCCGUCAGGGAGAAAGAGUUAGAAGAGGGGCUGCCUGAUGGUCAGGAGAUGGUGUUCAGAACCAUCGGCCCCCAAACUGGCACUCCCCGGUUCCGUAACAAGAGGAUGGCAAGCCAUGCCACUCACUUCUACUCCGAGGAGGACACCAGACAGCCCAGUAGGACAACCGGGCCCAAGGCCAACACUGUUGUCUGA